UGCCUAGCUGCCAUAACACCCGAAGGAAUAACGAGGGUUGGGAUACCGCCAAGUUGCCAAAGCCUAGACAAGAGAAGUCGAGAUGCAGAGGUCGGGUUCGAACCACGUUCCGAAUUUGUCCAGCGGGCCGUUACGAAACUGGUUGCCGGCCUCAAAUCCACAGAGCACGAAACCCUGAAGUAUUUUCGCCCCCGGUGGGACCUAAUUCUUAUUUAG